ACACCCAUAGCUCACGAUGCUGAACAAGUACUCCGGACUUCUACUCUAUCUGAUCGCUGGAGUCAUCGGCUGGAGCGAUUACCGCCCAACGCACUACGAUCUCCAUCUGAGGACGGAGCUUCAAACCGGAGCCGGGGAACUCCAGGGAACGGUUCGGAUCUCGCUGGAUGUGGUGCGACCAACCGGGAACAUCGUCCUUCAUUCACUCGCACUCUCGAUUCGGAACGUGAGUUUGUUUGAUUCGAACGUUCUGCAGAAGCUGAAAGUGACUUUUGAUGGCUAUAAACAUCAGCUGAUUUUGAUUGCUGAUCGCGAGCUGAGUCCUGGAAGUUAUGAGCUUUGGAUUGAGUUUACGACAAAUACGAAUUACGGCUGGAAUGUUCAGUCGUAUGUGGAUGAGGCGCGAGUUCGGAAGUACGUCGCGGUGACGAGAUUUGAGCCGACGUACGCACGAGCGGUGUUCCCGUGCUUUGACGAACCGAGAUUCAAGGCGACCUUCUCGUUGGAGGUUGUGCACCAUGGGAAUCUUUCGGUGAGCUCGAAUAUGCCACAAAUUGGUUCGCCAAGAUACGUCGACGAAAAAUACGUGGUGUCUCGGUUCGAACGGUCUCCAAGGAUGUCGACAUACCUGCUGGCGUUCGCCAUUACUGAGGGUUACAAGUCGUUUAAGAGCGGUCAUCACGUAAUAGAGGCCCGGCCUUCAGUAUUGUACAAGGCACUGGACUCAUUUUUAAUAGCAGAUGAACUUCUGGACGAAUACACUGGACUACCGUAUCGUAACUACAUGCCCAAGCUGACACAUCUGCAGAUUCCCAUGCAAGCUGACAGCUUUGCAAGCGAUAACUGGGGACUCAUAGUCCACACUGGGAACAUCCCCGUGACUCCGAGUACGAUCAGUCAUCAGGUGGCGCACAUGUGGUUCGGAAACUUGGUGACUCUGGAAUGGUGGGACAACACGUGGCUCAAGGAAGGAUUCGCCGAGCUGUACGCGUACUACGCACUGGAUCUGGCUCGUCCUUCCGAACACUGGAUGGAGUGGUUCAACGUGGUAGUCAAGCAAGUUGGGUUGCAAGGUGGGUCGCGUCUCGACAGGAUUACCAACGUCGGUUGUAGGACUUCGGAACAAAUCAAACGCAGCUACCAGCCUAGGAUAUUUGAGCGAGCUGCCAGCGUGCUGAACAUGAUCCGACAGAUUGUAGGAGAUUCCAGCUGGCAGCAGGUUGUUAGAAGCUUCUUAAAGAAUCACCAGCUAGAUACGGUAGUUCCGAGGAAUCUGUACAUGGAGCUGAGGCAGGUUACCGCAGGAUCCGAGCUAUUCCCAAAGAACAUCAGCAUCGUGAAAAUCAUGAACACGUGGAUGAUGAACUACAGAGUUCCGGAGCUAACCGUUGAACGACGGUAUAACGAUAAGACUAUACACAUUACACAAACUCAGAUGGAUCGGAAUAGUUCCACUGAAGGGUACUUUUUUUGGAAAACGUCCAAACUCUGGAGAUUGCGAGACCAGAACCAAACUUGGAUCAUUCCGUACAACUACGCACAGGAGUCCGACGCAAACUUUGACGAGGUCGGGCCUAUUCAUUGGCUCGCAGAGCCAAGCAAAGUAAUACCAACUAACGCCUCCUCCAACGAGUGGAUCCUACUCAGCAAGCGUCACUUCGGACUAUACCGGAUCAACUACGACGAGCAAAACUGGAAGCUGCUCGCUCGAGCCCUUCGCUCGAACAUCUCCUGCAUGCCCCGAGAGAAUCGUGCCCAGCUGCUAUCGGAUGCGCUCUACUUCCACGAAAAGGAUCAACUCAACAAGAGCGUCCUGUUCGAGCUGCUCACCUUCCUGUCAAACGAAACGGAAUCACUGGUCUGGCACGCUGCCCUUCCAGUCAUAGCCUCGUUCAAGCAAGACUCGAGAGCGGUCAAGUACCAGGAAUACUUCCAAAUCUCCCUGGAACAUCUCACAGCCCGCUACUACGACACCAUCCUGUCAACUUCACCCUCAUCCCACCACGACCAAUCCGUCCGCAAAGCGGUCACCUCCCUGGCCUGUCAGCUCGGCAACCCCGACUGUCUCACCUCCGCCCACGCCAAGUUCCAGCAGGCAUACCGCUCCUGCAACAGUACCGACCUGCCGUCGGACGACGCCCUCCACGUGUUCUGCUUCGGACUUCAGCAUGCCAGCGAUCGGGAGUUCGGCUGGUUGCUGGGACAAUUCGAUGCCGGUGACAAGGGUAAGCGAAAGCAGUUGAUCGAGUAUCUUGCUUGCGUCAAGCAACCGAACCGGUUGCGAACCGUGAUCGAGCGGGUCAACGAGGACAAGGCUGACCUGGUGGACGGGCUGUACCGGGGGUUGAAAAUGGAUCUCGGUGAAGGGUCGUGCUGGCGGUUGGUGGAACUGCUGCAGGAUCGAAAGUUCACCGAGCGGAUCCGUACCGCGGUUGUUCGCAAGCUGCUGAUGGUGAUGAAUGAGAGGAUGCAGUCGGAGCAAGCGGAAAGGGCGGUCUGGGAGGUUCGGAACAGGGUUGAGAAUCGGUUGCGGGAGUUUGGGAUUCGGGAUUGGCGGACUUAUCGCAAAGUGGAGCUGGAGGACCCCAACGGUGCGAUAAACAAGCUGCUGGAACAUUCUUUUGCAACGGCCCAAGUAGAUGACUUUUUCACUAUCAGGUAUAGAUCAGACCUUAUCAAAAGUAUGCUGGAAAUGUGAAGAACUGUCGCAAUACUUAGGUCAAUAUGACGUAAUCUUGUAAGUUAACAAGCAGCUUAUCCCAUUUACACUCAAUGUAAACUAGAGUGAGCAUGAUGAACUGUUUGUUUACAUCCAUAGAUACGUCAAGAUAACAGAUAAUAGCAACACGAAACAGCUGUCACUCUAAAAUGUCAACUGAGAGGCUAGUCUAUCAUAAGAUUGACGCCACUUUGAAAAUAUUGUGUAGAAGUGCAUUUCUCCAUGGCAGAAGAAUGUAAACAAUCACAAAGUAAUAAUCUGUGUUGUCACACAGCAACUUUAUUUUUUUUAUUU